AUGCCACCAAACGCAACCACAAACGACCCGGCUGCAUUAGACGAAGUCGAAGAGGAACUUGUUCGAGAAGUGGAACGGUAUCCCUGGAUAUGUGGGGGUGGACUCAAGCCUCAAACGGGGAAAGACUUGGGAGUGUACGAGUCCUCUUUGGAAGAUCGAGCAAACUGUCUAUCCCUAUGGUCCUUGAGUUAUCUUAACCCGCUCUUGGCUUUGGGAUCAAGAAAGGUUCUAAAUGCUGGAGAUGUUGGAGUUCCAUCCAAGCAAGAUAGUUCAAGCGAAUCUUACGAAAAGGUAAAGAAGGCAUGGGAUGAACAAGUCAAGAUUGCCGAUGCCCAUAACAAGAAGAUUAUGGAGUCACACGAAAAAACACUGGGCAAAUGUAAAACGGAAGCUGCCAAAGCCAAAAUCAAGCCUCCAACCUUGAAGGAGCCAAGUGUGGCAAUCGCCUUGGCGAAAAGUUUUGGCAUGGGACGAUUUUGUCUCGCUCUCCUGUUUUACGUCUUUUCCUCCCUUUUGAGUUUUGUCCCCGUUUUGAUUUUGAACGACUUGGUAUCGUACUUUGAACAUGUCAGUCUCAACGGAACUGGGGUACCCUACGACCAUUUUGUCAAUCCUUGGGUCGAAGUGGUUGGUUUGGGAGUCGUGCCGCUGGUUGUUUCCAUCUUUCAAACUCGGCAUCAAGCCAUCAUGGCCCAUUGCGGAGUCUUUGUUCGUACUGCCGCGUCCACUAUGUUAUACCGAAAGUCACUGAAUGUUUCCGCAGGUGGACGAGCCAAAACUUCGACAGGGCAGGUUGUCAACAUGAUGUCCAAUGACACCAUGCAACUUCAGCGAUUCCUUCAAUUCGUUGGUCUCACCUUGAGUGCACCCCUUCAGAUCGUCAUUGCCUUGCUCUUGAUCUUUCAGCAGGUUGGCAAUGCGACCUGGGUCGGUGUUGGAUACAUGGUUGUUUUGGCUCCAGUCAACGUGGUGGUAUUUUCCGUUGUUAGCAAGAUGCGUCGCAAGGUGCUCAAGUAUUCUGAUUUGCGAGUCAAAAUGAUGAACGAAAUUCUGACUGGAGUUCGUAUCAUCAAAUUUUAUGCCUGGGAAAAACCGUUUGGCAAGGAAGUUGGACGACUACGACAAAAGGAACUGGAGGCAUUGACCAAGCUUGCGUACACCACCGCGGUUGGAUUUUCCAUCAUUCUCCUUUCGACCCCGAUUGUUCAACCAAUCAUUGUGUUUUUGACAUAUGUCAACAUCCAAGAUGAGCCGCUGAAGGCAUCGACUGCCUUUACCACGGUUGCGCUGUUCAACAUUAUGAGAUUCCCCUUUGCCUUUUUACCCAUGGGUCUUUUGCAAUACAUUCAGAGUAAAAUUUCUCUCAAACGUCUGGAACGGUACCUUGCCCUUCCUGAACUUCGUGGAUAUGUUGAAGAUGAAGCUCACCCUGACGUCGACCCGGAUUCUCCUCUGGCAAAACCAGGAAGUAUCACCAUCAAGGAUGGUAGCUUCAGUUGGAUUGAUCCUAACGGACCAGAAAUUAAGCCGGUGCAGGAUGAAAAGCCAAAGAAGGAAAAGAAGAAAAAGGGAAAGAAAGGCAAGAAGGAGACCGAAGAUGAUGCCGACAAUGCCGCUGCCUCUGCAGCUAGUAGUAAAGCCUUGAAUAUGGCCCGUUCUGAGAGCAGUGGUAGUUUGACUUCUACCGAGUCUGGUUCCAAGGCCGGUGGAGGAAUCACUUUGCAAAAUCUGAGCUGCGAAAUCACACCGGGAAGCCUGGUGGCGGUUGUUGGUAGUGUUGGUUCUGGAAAAUCGUCGUUCUUGUCUGCGAUUUUGGGUGAAAUGGAAAGCAUUGAUGAUUCCAAAGUAUACAUCCCGCGCAAUGAAAACGAAAAGGAUAUCAAUGGAUACGCUUCUUACUGCACACAGUCGCCAUGGGUUGUUAACGAUACUCUGCGCGGAAACAUCCUUUUUGGUCGCGAAUAUGAUGAGGAUCGGUACAAUCUUGUUCUGGAGAACUGUGCCCUAAUGGACGAUAUCGCCAUCCUGCCAGCUGGAGACAUGACCGAAAUCGGAGAACGUGGAAUCAAUCUAAGUGGAGGACAGAAAGCACGUGUCGCCCUGGCCCGAGCAAUGUAUGCCACACACACGAAGCUUCUACUAUUGGAUGAUCCGCUCUCUGCUGUCGACUCCCAUGUCGGGGAACACCUCUUCUCGCAAGCCAUAGCUGGUGAAAUGUGUGAAGGCAUUACCCGAAUCUUGGUCACCCAUCAUGUGCAUGUACUGAGUCGCUGCGACAAGGUCAUUAUUCUUGAGCAUGGCCGAAUCAAGAAUCAGGGAUCCUACGAAGAGCUAAUUGACAGUGGUGUCGAUUUUGCCGGGGCUGUUGAUGUUUCGAAAACUAAGAAGUCGGAUGGAAGGGAAGAGGCCAAAGAUACUUCCAAGAAGGAUAAGGCAGGUAUCCAUAAGCCUGGUGACUCCAAAGAAGAGACUGCUAAACAGAAGAAGGCUGGUGCAGAAUUGGUGAAGGAAGAAGAGAGAGAAGAGGGUGAUGUUGCUGGACAGGCUUACAUGAGAUAUGCCAGAGCUGGAGGAAUCUGCUUGGCGACUUUGGUCUUUUUGAUCCAGGCACUGGGUCGCGGGUUUGAGAUUGGAGCUUCAUUCUGGCUUGCCCACUGGGCAGAUCAGAUGAUUAAAGCCAGUCAGAGAGGAGAGCCACUGUCCGACGCUGAUGUCUCCUACUACAUUGGCGUUUACGCUUUGCUUGGUUUCUUGGGUAUAUGUGGUCUUGGAGGACGUGGCAUUUUCAUUGCCAAGCAUCGUCUUCAUGCUUCGAGAAAACUUCACGAUGGUCUCACAGAUUCUGUCCUUCGUGCCCCUGUUGCUUUCUUCGAUGUGACACCGAUUGGAAGAGUUUUGAACCGUUUUGCUGCUGAUAUGGACAAGUUGGAUUUGGAAUUGACACAGACUGUAUCUCAGGGUGUCAGUACUGUGUUCAGUGUCCUUGGUGCCCUUGGCGCAAUUGUCGCUGCAACAAAGGGAACAUUCCUAAUUGCCUUGAUUCCUUUUGGUUAUACCUACAAUGUGAUUCAAAAGUGGUUCCGAAAGACUUCCACCGAGCUUCAACGUGUCACUUCUGUUGCGAACUCGCCAAUUUUUGCAGACUUUUCACAGACUCUAUCUGGAACUUCGACCAUCCGUGCGUACGGUGUACAGAAGGAUUUCUUCCGCAAGUGCAAGACUUCAUUCGAUAACAUGAACUCGUCCUAUAUCCUUGUCCAAUUGGCAGGAUACUGGCUGGCGUUGCGGUUGGAUAUCAUGGGAGGAAUGGUUUCCAUGUUCGUAGGUCUUGUUGCACUUGGAACUCUUGAUUCUGCAUUCAUUCCAGCCGGUUUCCUGGGCCUCGCACUGUCGUACUCGAUUGAGGUCACAUCUUUUUUGAAACACGGUGUCAUGAUGAUUGCUCGACUCGAGGCAGAUAUGAGUUCUGUGGAGAGAAUAUUAUUCUACACUGAUAAAAUCGAACCGGAAGCUCCUGAUGAGACCGAUUCGGAUCCUAAACCUGGCACAUGGCCAAGCACUGGUGAAAUUGAAUUUUCGAACGCUUCAAUGAGAUACCGUGAUGGUCCUCUUGUAUUGAAGGAUCUAUCCCUGACGGUCAAGGCCGGAGAGAAGAUUGGGGUGUGUGGUCGAACAGGAAGCGGAAAGAGUAGUCUGAUGAUUUCUCUUUUUCGAAUUUCUGAGCUUGAAGACGAUGGGGGCAAGAUUCUGAUUGAUGGAGUCAAUGCAAGAAAUGUUGGCACUGGCGCCCUUCGAAUGAACCUCUCCAUCAUUCCCCAAGAUCCGGUCAUGUUUUCUAAUACUGUCCGAUACAAUUUGGAUCCAUUCGCCAAAGUCUCAGAUGAGGAGUUGUGGGAUGUCUUGAAGAAAGUCCGACUGUCUGACGCCAUUGCUGAACUACCAAAGGGCUUGGACGAAGAAGUUGCGGAAGGUGGCGAGAAUUUCUCUCAAGGCCAACGUCAGUUGCUCUGCAUUGCUCGUUCGCUACUUCGCAAACCAAAGAUCCUUGUUAUGGACGAAGCUACUGCCAGUAUUGACAAUGAAACCGAUACUGCUAUUCAAGAGAUGAUCCGUGAGAACUUUGCAGAUGCCACCGUCUUGACAAUUGCCCAUCGUCUCAAUACCAUCAUGGAUAGUGACCGGGUCCUCGUACUUGACGAUGGAAGAAUAGCGGAACUUGACACACCUGAAAAUCUGCUAAACAAGGAGAAUGGACAUUUCAAGGCAAUGGUGGAAAAGAGUAGAGCAGCUCAUGCUAUCGUCGAGGAAUAA